AUCCAUGAGGUCAUCAUAAGUCAACAGGAGACUAGAAGGCUCAAAUACAUACACAAGCACACAUGCACACACCCAGUAGUGGGAUUUUAUUAUCACAGAAGUAAUCUCUGGGAUGCACUUUCCCCCUCUCAUGUAGUUUGUUUCUGUUGUUCAAAAUCUCAGUUGAAAAGAAUUAAAGCAGGUUCAGAAAUAAAUUUUCAGCUCUUCUCUCUCACUGGCUUAAUGUCUUUGGUUAUAACCCAUUUGUUCUACUUUUUCCUAUCUUAAUUUUUCUCUUCUUAGCACCUGCAGUUGUGGCCUCAUGGUAGAUUCUCACAUUUCAUGCAUAAUUUUUUUAAAAAUAGUAAAAUUACCUCUGAGUCUUUUGGGAUAACUGUCUAACUACACAUCAUAGUCCAUCAGUGAUACCUUUAUUGGCCAACUGAAAUGGACAAUAUACUUGUUGCAAGUUUUCGAAGCUCCAUGUCCAUUUCAGUUGGCCAAUAAAGGUAUCACUAAUGGGGUUUUGUUUGGAUUUGUUAAAUGGCCAACACAGCUACCCCUGCACAUUUACACACCAUAGUAACAAACUUGAACUUGGAUGAUACUGAAAUCCUAUGAAACAGUGUUACUCAACAUGGUGGUUUGUGUGAAUUAAUGCCAGUCUGAUGCCAUCAGCUGCUAGUCCCUGAAAUAUUUACAGGAAAGAAAGAACAGUUAUACCCAAUGGACAAAGGUAUAGUACCAGUCUCUAGCACAUCAGAGAGAAAAGAUUGCUGGGCACCCACAUCACAUAGCUUAAGAAGCACUGCUAUAAAGCACACAGAUGCGGGGGGCAUAAUUUUUACAAGACAGCAAGUGAUCACAACCUACUGCUUCAUCCCUCACCAUCUCCCACGAAUUCUUCAUCCAUCUGCAUUCCCCCUGCCACCUUUAUGGAUGUCAGAGACUGACUGGGAAAAAGUCAGCUAAUAGAUGCUUGGGGCAGGAGAAUUAGAAUCAGCAUGGUAGACUGGUCUCUGGCCCCAUUCCAGCAGACUCCCAAUCAGGCGAUGGCCUCAGAAGAGAAAAAUUCCACCUGUCCAAAGGCAGGCUCAUUAUUUCUUCGUCAGAACUCUCAGUCUACAGAUAUGAUACCUAGGACACUCCUAAGGCUGCAAAGUAUUGAAGAAGGGAAAGCCCACUUCCCAUUGUCUCGAAGAAGCUCCAUCAUGAGCGUCUUCAAUGCCCCCUUUGCCAGCAGGAGGAACUCACUGGCUGCUGGGGGAAGGCGUCUCUCCAUUGGGCCCUGGAUGCACUGUGGCAGAGUAAGCUUCUCUGGGCUACCCCUCUUUGAACCUGUUCGGGAGACCCUUUAUGAAAACACCUACAAGAUCCAGCCAGAUGAAGGCUGCAAGUUUAAUUCCUCUCAAAUGCAGCAGAUUCUUGAAUCUGUUCUGGUCAGCUACCUUGGGGAUGCCAAGUACAACCCAGCAAAGGGUGGGCAGUUGGCCCAGAACAUGUCAGAUCUCAUCCGAAGCAAAGUCAAAGACGUUACCCCACCUCGCUACAAGCUGGUAUGUAAUGUUUUUCUGGGCCAGCAGGCUAACCAAGGUCUGCACAUUGCCAGUCGGUCUCUCUGGGAUGUGGAAAAUGACAACUUUGCCUCUGCCACUUUCACUAACUCAUCAAUAUUUGCUGUGGCCACAGUGCAUGGGCUAUAUUUUGAAUGAACCAUAUUGUACAGAUCUGAAGAUGCCCAUUCCCUUACUGCUAUCUAAACUGAAAUAAUUUCAAUUUGACUUCAAUUUUUGCCCAUAUCUAAUUUAAACUGCCACUAAGUGGUGCAAGAAAUACAUAUCACCUCCACUACUUUCCAGACAAAAUAUUUUAUACUGUAUUAACAGAAUGGUUGAAUAGCACACAGAUGAUGAGGAAGACUACCCCACUGAUUUGUUAGCUGUAAUAAUCCAUUAGACAUCUUCCUCUCCUUCCAAUAGCUUAUAUUCAUUUAUUGGCAUCUAAAUAAUAUGUAUUUAUUAUGUUUAUAAGUCAUAUUUAUUUUAGUGCCAUACCAACUAAUUCCUAAAAGGCUAUGGUUUGGAUGCAAGAAACCUGUAAAAGAUAAAUAACCCACCUACACUGUUAUCCAAACAUGAGUUCACCUCAUACUAAAAUAGGUAAAUUAUAGUUUUUACACUUCUGUUUGUGCAAGAGGUUACACAACUGCUUACAUGAACAGUAUAUCUGAAGUCUUUAUGGAGAACAUAUAGAUGUUAAUUGCAGCUGGAAAAAAGAUAUGCUGUAUAUUCAUUGCAUACGUAAACAUAUCUCCCCAUCUUUACUAUGCUAACAUGGAUGGAUGUCUUUUCAGAGCAGGAUACUGUGUAGUUCUUUGUGGAGCAGUAACAUGCCCUUCACAGCUCUAAGGGCUUUCUGAGGUUCACACAAGCUUCAUUUAGGCAGCUGUUCACCAACAAAAUACCAUCACAACUUGGAAUAGUACUUUCUCUUUGCUUUUUAAUAAAAAUGAGUUUCAUUGUCAUCAAAA